CACCGCGGCCACAGAGUCUGCACCAGUGACCCAGCCAUGGCUCGAGCUGGCCAGCGGCGCGGGCAGGCGGCGGCCGCGGAAGGCGCGCGGGCUGCGUCAGGGGAGCCGGGGAGCUCACGAUUCUAAGCGAGAGGGCCGAGAGGGGGCCAGGGGGCGAGGGGGCUGGGGGCCACAGCGCUCACCCAACGGCGAAGAUCCUUUUUGAAAAUUAAUAUUAAAAAAGAGAGAGGGGAAGCGAACGCAGAGGAAAAAGGUGGGGGCAAGAGGGAAGGCGAUACACACAGAGAGGCAGACAGAGCCCCGCAGCGAGAGGAAAAGGAAGGAAGGAAGCCAGGAAGGCAGCAGUGGCCGGCAGGCAGGCAGCCGAUGUGAAGACCGGACUCCGCGCGCCCGCCGCCGCCGCCGCCGCCGCCGCUGUCCGGCCUCAUCGAUGUUGUGUCCGCCGCCCGCCCGCUCGCCCGGAUCACGAUGAACGCGCAGCUGACCAUGGAGGCGAUCGGCGAGCUGCACGGGGUGAGCCAUGAGCCGGUGCCCGCCCCUGCCGACCUGCUGGGCGGCAGCCCCCACGCGCGCAGCUCCGUGGCGCACCGCGGCGGCCACCUGCCCCCCGCGCACCCGCGCUCCAUGGGCAUGGCGUCCCUGCUGGACGGCGGCGGCGGCGGCGGCGGCGACUACCACCACCACCACCGCGCCCCCGAGCACAGCCUGGCCGGCCCCCUGCACCCCACCAUGACCAUGGCCUGCGAGACCCCCCCAGGUAUGAGCAUGCCCACCACCUACACCACCCUCACCCCGCUGCAGCCGCUGCCGCCCAUCUCCACCGUGUCGGACAAGUUCCCCCACCAUCACCACCACCACCACCACCAUCACCACCACCACCCGCACCACCACCAGCGCCUGGCGGGCAACGUGAGCGGCAGCUUCACGCUCAUGCGGGACGAGCGCGGGCUGGCCUCCAUGAAUAACCUCUACACCCCCUACCACAAGGACGUGGCCGGCAUGGGCCAGAGCCUCUCGCCCCUCUCCGGCUCCGGCCUGGGCAGCAUCCACAACUCCCAGCAAGGGCUCCCCCACUACGCUCACCCCGGCGCCGCCAUGCCCGCCGACAAGAUGCUCACCCCCAACGGCUUCGAAGCCCACCACCCGGCCAUGCUGGGCCGCCACGGGGAGCAGCACCUCACGCCCACCUCGGCCGGCAUGGUCCCCAUCAACGGCCUCCCCCCGCACCACCCGCACGCCCACCUCAACGCCCAGGGCCACGGGCAGCUCCUGGGCACGGCUCGGGAGCCCAACCCCUCGGUGACCGGGGCGCAGGUCAGCAGUGGAAGUAACUCGGGACAAAUGGAAGAGAUCAAUACCAAAGAGGUUGCCCAGCGCAUCACCACCGAGCUCAAGCGCUACAGCAUCCCGCAGGCCAUCUUCGCGCAGAGGGUGCUCUGCCGCUCCCAGGGGACCCUCUCGGACCUGCUGCGCAACCCCAAACCGUGGAGCAAACUCAAGUCGGGCCGGGAGACGUUCCGGAGGAUGUGGAAGUGGCUGCAGGAGCCGGAGUUCCAACGCAUGUCCGCGCUCCGCUUAGCAGCGUGCAAAAGGAAAGAGCAAGAGCACGGGAAGGAUAGAGGCAACACCCCCAAAAAGCCCAGGCUGGUCUUCACAGACGUCCAGCGCCGGACUCUACAUGCAAUAUUCAAGGAAAACAAGCGUCCGUCCAAAGAAUUGCAGAUCACCAUUUCCCAGCAGCUGGGGUUGGAGCUGAGCACCGUCAGCAACUUCUUCAUGAACGCGCGGAGGAGGAGCCUGGACAAAUGGCAGGACGAGGGCAGCUCCAAUUCAGGCAACUCAUCUUCAUCAAGCACUUGUACCAAAGCAUGAAGGAAUCACCACAAACUAAAACCUCGGUGGAAAAGCUUUAAAUAAAAGAAAUUUUUAAAAGACCAGGACCUCAACAUAGCAGGUUUAUACUUAGAAAUAUUUGAAGAAGGAAAAAAAAAGAAGUGUUAUUUAUAGUCCAAAGAAACCAAAGACUUAGUUCACCUGCAUUCUGACUUUGUUCGGAGACACACCUUUCAGCGAGUCGACAACUUGGCAAGAAGAGUUAGGAGCAGGAAAACACCACUGGAUCUCACGCCUUCGACCCAUGACCCUUCUCGCUGUGCUUGGCUGUUUCGUGGUUUGGAGCAGUGCUUUUGAGCCAUUGAGUGGACAUCUGUUAAGAUCAGACUUUCUCAUCUGUUCCACUGCGCCACGAAGGUGUAUGAUAUCUCAGUACUGUGUGUGGGUGCGUGUACACACACACACACAUACAUACACACAACCACCACCACCACCACCACCACCAGUGGUCAGGGACUUAGGCAGGGCGGGCCUUCAGGGAGGGUUGUACUGGUAGGAGAGCAACCAUCCAUGUGGGGUUGUCUGAGUUCAUUGGAUUGGGAUGUGAUGUCGCUCACCUAGCCUAUUGUUUGAACCUGCCAAGCCUGCAACCUAAAUGCAGAUUCAAACCCAGCAAAGAAAAUUUGAAUGACACCUAAACUCGUGCAUUCUCUUUGUUUGUUAAGGACUGUUCAGAUACUUUUUAAGAAAUGAAAUAAGAGUCCAUCCAUUAAAAAAAAAAUCACCUAGGUACCAAAGAACACACUUAAUAUUAUAGUGCAGGUAUUUUAUUGCAAUGAUUUUAAUAACCAAAGCUAUUUUUACACAAGAUACUAUGUAAAGUUAUACAUAAGAACUAAUCUAGCUGUAACACACAUGCCAUGUAGAAUCAUGACUUUUAUUUAUGACUCUUAAAGCAUUUGAAAUAUUUGUUUUCAGAACUGGCAAGAAAGAAUGUCGCUUCAGGGAAGCAAUUGCUACCAUCACAGAGAGGUUGAUGCAGUAUGCAUGUACACCCAGGUGGCACACUCCCUUUCGGGACCCGUAAAUGUCACUUAGGUGGACAUAUGACAUGAUUCCAGAAUCUGUUUAGAGCUGGGAAAACCUGUUGAUGCUCCCAAAAAUAGGAUCCCAUUUGUAAACUAGAAAACUAAGUUUACACAGGGCAGGUAACUGAAUUAGAAAAUUUGUUUAAAGUAAUGCUUUUCGGUAAAAAGACCAUGGAACUAAGACUCCAUACUUAGAUUAAUUUGACAAAUUUGCUGCAUGCCUUUGACACCAAAUACAUUUCAAAAAUACAAACUAAAAUGGAGCUGACCAACUUUAUUAUUAAAAUGAACUAUCUAAUAUUUGAAUAAUCCUAAAAAUAUAAUCAAACUUAUGUUAUUGCCAAUCCCAAACAUUUUAUGACUUGGACAUGAACAAAAAUAGCAGGUCCAGCCCAGAAAUGGGAGUUCUCCCGGUCUUCAACUGCUUACUUCGUUCCGCAUAGCCUCCGGAGCGUACCACCUUCUUUCCUGCUGCUGCAUUAAGCUGAAAAUUUUAUAACAUAGAUUCCACUCUCUAACAGGGACAUAUAAAAACUAGACCUGAACCUCCAAAAGUAAACAUUUAAAUUCAUAUUUUCUCAAAUCACUUAACCAGGCCUAUAGGAAUCAAGGCGAAAAGGAAAAAACAAAACAAAA